GGCCUCACGGAUCAUCCAUCAGGUCUGCCACGUUUCAUCAAGACGAGCACCAAUGCGUUUGAUAUUAAUAUUGGCUUAAAUAUUGGUGUUGUAAAUCCAAACAUGGCAAGCGUCACAUUUGAAAAAAUUAUGGCAACGGCAUAUUAUCCAACAGCACCUACAAAAUCGAUUGGAGGAGGAGAGCUAUCGAAUCUUGCUAUCAAUUCUCAUGCAACGACGAACUUUACGUUUCCAUUCAAAGUAAAAUUUGACACAUCUAAAGACGAGGAGCAGAAGAUGCUGCUAGACAUAUCUCAGAAAUGCGGUUUAACGGGUGGCGAAAAGAAGGAUCUUGUAGUCAAUUAUUCGCUGACACCCACUGUUCGUAUUAUUGGGUUUCCAAUUUCCGCAGUCAUCAGAAACUCUGUCCGACUGCCUUGUCCA